AUGUCCUCGAACGCUCCGCCAGUCUGCCGCUUCUUCCAGCAAGGGCGCUGCCAAUUUGGUGCAGACUGUCGAAACUCGCAUGGCAACAUCCCCACGAAGGGCAACCCGAAUCCAGCGGGCGCUUCCUUCAGCCGAGACAGCAUCAAGACCGACUUGACGACCGAACGACCGCGAUAUGUGCUCUCGUCGUACGGACCGGGCAAGGGAGAGGCGAGCGUUGUCAAGGGGCUCGAUGUCAGCCCGGAGGAGCUGCGCGUCCAGUUCUACGCGGCGCGAAGCCAGAACAACCCGUCUCUCUACCCCGAGCAAGACCUCGCGCAGAAGGCGGAAGCUGCCGUCCAAAACAUCUUGUCGAACCUCGACCAAGCCUACCAGUUCGCCAUCACCCAAUCCUCGUCUUCUGCCAACGCCGAUGCGUCGACAUCUUCUACCCCUGCGCCGGCAACCCCCUUCGGCAGUCCUGCAGCGGCUACACCUCAACGAACAGGUUUCGGUGCUUUCGGUGCGGCUCCCGCGACACCAGCUGCACCCUCUGCGUUCGGCGGUGCGGCUUCGACAACUCCAUUCGGCACUCCUGCAUCGUCGAGCAGCGCGUUUGGCGCAUUUGGCCAGGCAGCGAACAAGCCGUCUGCCUUCGGAUCGACCACCGCGUUUGGCUCGAGCGGGAGCGCACCGGCGGGAGGGUCUGCUUUCGGUAGCGGAGGUGCAUCAGGGUUCAAGCCUGCGACGGGUUUCGGCGCAGCAACCACGACAAGCGGGGCGGGAGGCGGUUUCGGAGCGUUUGCCGGCGGAGCAGGAGGGAGCGGUACGACGGGGACGAGCGCGUUCGGCAGUUCAGCAAUUGGCGCAGGAGGGAAUGCCCCGAAGCCUGCGUUCGGCUCGUCUGCGUUCGGCUCAGGCGGAACGACCUCGACGACGACGCCUGCCUCAGGGUUCGGUGCGCCUGCCUUCGGCUCAUCUACGACUCCAGCAUUCGGCUCGUCCAGCUUUGGCAGCACAUCAGCAUUCGGUCAACCCGCAGCAACCGGUUCAGCAUUCGGCCAGUCUGGCUUUGGCGCCGCCGCCAGCUCGACAACACCCGCUAGCGGCUCAGCAUUCGGCGCGUUCGGUUCGGCGCCAAAAUCAGCGAGCACGGCGCCUGCUGCAGGAGGGGGAGGCUUCGGGGCGUUCGCUGCGGGAGGCACGUCUGCGCCCGCGACGACUACGCCAGCUUUCGGACAGAGCGCGUUCGGCUCGGGCGGGGCUGCGCCUUCGACGAGCGCGUUCGGCGCAGGUGGAACAACGACGGGCGCAUCGUCGUUCGGAGCGAGCGGAACGACAAGAGCGAGCGCCUUUGGCUCGGGAGGAACGGCGGGAAGCGCGUUCGGUGGUGGAGGGACAGCAGGCGGAGGGUUCGGCGCGUUUGGGGCUGCGAAGCCGGCUGCUCCUGCCGCUACUUCGCCUUUCGGAGCGGCCAAUACGGCGACGUCUGCGACAACAACGCCCGCCGCGGGCGCUUUCGGAUCUGGCGGUUUCGGUGCAUUCGGCAGCGCCCUGAGCGCGCCAGCAGCUUCCUCGGCCCCGUCAGCACCGUCAGCCUUCGGCCAAUCCACCUUCGGCGCUUUCUCCCAGCCAGCCGCUGCGCCAGCUGCUCCGAACGCGACGAAGGACCCGUACGCCGCACUCGACGAGAAGAAGGAGCGAUCAAACGAGGAGAUGGCGCUAUGGAAGGCGGAGAGGUUCACUUGGGGAAUGAUCCCGGUCAAUGCGCCGCCGGUCGAGGUGCGAUAG